GGCAACUCUACUUCCAGUGUUGUACAAUUUCUUAGUCAAGUCGGCCCGAACGUCUCACGGAGCAAUAGGAUUUAUUAUUUUGAGCUGAAAAUUCUCAAUUUCUACACAUCCCAACAUGUCCCUUUCGCUGGUCCUGCGUGGCGCUGUCCGUUGCAAUGCCGCAAAUCUCGUUAAGGCGGCCCGCAUCACUCCCCUGAAGAGCUACUCCACCCUGGUGGCCAAUGCCCAGCGGAAGGCGGUGGUCCAGCCCCUGGCUCUGACCAAGAUUGCUGCGCCCAUUGCUCGCGAGAUCUCCGUGAGUGCGCCGCGCAAGGCCGCCGCAGGAUCGAGUCACACCCUGCUGUGGACCAUCGAGCGCGUUGUGUCCGCCGGUCUCCUGGCUGUCAUCCCAGCUGCCUUCAUUGCCCCAUCCCAGGUAUUGGACGCCCUCCUGGCCAUUUCCGUUGUGAUCCACACCCACUGGGGCGUUGAGGCCAUGGUGGUGGACUAUAUGCGUCCCUCCGUCGUGGGCAACGUGCUGCCCAAGGUGGCCCACAUUGCGCUGAUCGUCAUCUCAGUGGCCACGCUGGGCGGUCUCUUCUACUUCAUCCAGAACGACGUGGGCCUGGCCAAUGGCAUCAAGCGCUUCUGGGCCAUCAAGGGCAAGGAUGCCGAGAAGAAGGCCUAAGCGUGCAGAGCAACCAGUUGACGAACCACGAAACACCAGUUAUUUAUUCAUAGUUUCGCGAUAAGCAGUAAAUAAACAAUUGUAUAAAGUAA